GCCUCUCGCGCUCAGUCCGCGGGGGGAGCUGAUGGAGGCGCGAUGGCUCCGUUUCCCGACGAGGUGGAUGUUUUUACCGGGCCUCACUGGCGCAUGAAGCAGCUGGUGGGGCUCUACAGCGAGAAGCUGUCCAACACCAACUUCUCCAACAACAGGGACUUCCGCUCGUUUCUGCAGUCGCUCCUCGCCACGUUUGAGGAGUUCAAGAUGCACGAGCAGAUCGAGAACGAGUGCAUCAUGGAGCUGCUGCAGGAGCGCAGUCAGACCGUGUAUCACGUGCACGCCGACAACAAGCUCUCUGAGAUGCUGUCGCUCUUCCAGAAGGGGCUGCGCAGCGUUAAGAGCGAGUGCGAGCAGCUGAAUUACGCGCAGCAGCUGAAGGAGAGGCUGGAGGCCUUUACCCAGGACUUCCUUCCUCACAUGAAGGAGGAAGAGGAGGUGUAUCAGCCCAUGCUGAUGGAGUACUUCACGUACGAGGAGCUGAAGGCCAUCAAGCGGCAGGUGAUGCUGCAGCACUGCAGUAAUCUCUCGUGGAGCUCCGCCGCAGACCUGCUGAAGAGCCUGAACCUCUGGAGCCACGCCGAGGAGCUGCGCAAGGCCUUCAAAUACUCCGACCACGAGAAGACCGAGGACGAGCGGGGCAGCGGGCUCGCGUCGGUCUUGGUGCUGCCGCAGGAGCUGCUGCUGCGGAUCUUCAGGUUUCUGGGGCCGGCGGAUCUGUGCCGCUGCGGACAGGUGUGCAGCGUCUGGGCUCAGGUGGCCAAGACCGGAUCCCUGUGGAGGCACCUGUACCCCGUCCGCUGGGCUAGAGGGGACUAUUACUGCGGUCCCCCGGGCGAGUCGGACCAGGAGCCGGAUGAGGAUUGGGUGAAGAGUCUGCAGGACGAGGGACGAGCCUAUCAGGAGUGGGACGAGGACGCAGAUGUGGAUGAAUCAGAGGCGGCGGCGGAGGAGUCUCCAGACAUUAGUGCGGUUCAGAGAGAGAAGAGGCUGCUGAAUGGGAUCGUCCAGAACCUGCUGCCCGCCGUCGGUCCGUCUGUGCGCUCGCUCAGUCUGGCCUACAGCUCGGCCGUCUCCAGCAAGAUGGUGCGACAGAUCCUCAGUUUGUGCCCAAACCUGACUCACCUGGAUCUCACGCAGACUGACGUCUCCGACUCUGCCUUUGACAGCUGGGCGGAGUUUGGGGCGUGUCGUACUCUGGAGCGGCUGGAUCUCUCGGGAUGCGACAAAAUCACGGACCGCACACUAAAGAUCCUGUCGCUGGGAUUGGGCGACUUAACAUCGCCCUGCCCGGAUCGUGGAGCCAAGCUGCUGAAAGCCCCACCCUCGCCAAUCAAAUUCCAGGACGAGUGUUCCCUCCCACUAAUGGGACGCAGCUGCCAGGAUCUCAUUUUCAAGUGGAGACCUGGUGGGCGUGGCUCCGGUUGUGGCCCCGCCCACGUCUGGGUUCUCGACCCGGCCAAACUCGCCGACAUCGAGGAUGCAGCCGACUGGAGCAGACGAGGAGGCGUGGCUGCACAUGAAAGUGGGCGUGGCUGUAUUUUUGAGCCGCAGGGAGGCGGCGGCUCAUGCUGCUGUAGGAGGAGCCAGAGGCGGAGCUUCAGGACUGGUAUUAGCUCCUCCCACUGGCAGUACGGCUCUAUGGGCGAGGCCCUCUGUGGUCACUCCACCUGCUGCACCUCUGACAUGGCGCUCUGGACUGUGAGAGAAGCGCACUGUGACCUCCAGGCCACCGGGGGCAGUGUUGAGUUUCGGACUAAAUGCUCGUUUGAGGGUGAAACUUGCCCCGAGCAUCACAACAGGACUGACCAAUCAGGAGCCUAUCGGGCACUCAUGUUCCUCAGCCUGUCUGGAUGCUAUCAGAUCACGGAUCUCGGCCUGAGGUGUCUGUCUCAGCGAGGAGGACUCCCUCUGCUGCUGCAUCUCAAUCUCUCCGGCUGUCUGCUCAUCACGGGGGCGGGGCUUCAGGAGCUGGUGUCCGUUUGCCCCUCCCUCAACAUCGAGCACUUUUACUACUGCGAUAACAUUAACGGUCCUCAUGCUGACAAGGCCAGCGGGUGUCAGAAUCUGCAGUGUGGCUUCAGGGCUUGCUGUCGAUCCGGAGAGUGAUGCUCUUUUCUCUGUAU